UAACUGCGUUGCAUUCCGUUAUUUUCUUCUAGUAACUUUCAGAAUUUGAUAACAUAGAAACAAAAUGAGUGCUUGGGACGAAAAUAUUAAAAAAGUCAUCACUGAGGCAAAACUUAACAAGGGCUUAGAAGAAAUCGAAUUCGUAGUCUUUACAAAGGCAGGAGCUUACUGUGGGUCUGCAGGUACCUCCAAAAUAGAAGGAAGACUCGAUGUGGAAAGUAUAGGCAAAAUAGCCACAGCGUUCAGUGACAAAACGGACAAAGGAAAGGAGCCUAUUCGAAGCGGAGGAGUCAAAGUCGGAACAGCGAAGUAUAAUCUUAUCAACGACGUAGAACAUAUCGUAUUCAAGAAUAAAGAUUGUGGUUUAGUUGUUGUGGACACCACCAAAGAUUACAUUGUCUAUGGCAUCACAGACAAAUUUCAACUGCGUCAAGGACACAUUAUUGCAGUGUGCGAAAAAUGUGCCGAGUGGCUCAAAAGCCAAUAAAAUGGAGAACAAUCGACAAUUAGUGCAAAUCAACACUUUUUCGCAUGGAUUGAAAGCAUCAAAUUAAUUGUAUUUAACAAUAUUAAACAGAGACACCAUUUAACACUAUUUAAUAGUUUAUUGAUAUUUCAUUUGCGUUUGCUGUAGUAGAUUGCAAUACAUAAAUAUUCCCGAAAA